AUGUCAAAAAGAUUAUCUGAAAACUCUAGUGAAACUUCGAAAAAGUCGCGAAAUUCUGAAAUUCGAAAUGCUGUCGAUUUGAAAGUAGCCGUUCGACCGGGAUUUGGAACUGAGGGAAAUCGUUUCAGAAUUAAAACUAAUAACUUGAGAAUCUUAAUGCUUCCGAAAGAAAAUUUCUAUCAUUACAAAUUUGUCAUUACCACACCCAUCAAAGUCAGGACACAUCUAGCUUUCAAGAUUUUUUCAUACAUGGGUUUACAAAAUUAUUUUGGAGGUACACAAGUGGUAUUCGACGGUAACUCAAGCAUCUAUACAUCUCGACCUUUGCCGAUUGGAAAUGACGACGAAGCAAAAAUUGACGUCACACUUCCUGCCGAAGGAAGAAUGCGUUCAAAGAAUUUUAUAAUUAUUAUACAAAAGGUUACGCAAAUCAAUUUACAAAGUAUUAAGGAAUAUGUGAACGGGACAAGUCCCUUUACCAGUGAAAUACAAACCUGUUUAUCGGUUUUAAAUACGGUUUUAAAUUAUAAACCUCGAAAUACCUAUCUUGUUGUUAAAAAUGGAAUAUUUCCUGAGAAUUUCGAUCGACCAAAAUAUUUGGGAAAUGGUAUUGAAUUAAAACAAGGAUAUUGUCAAUCAAUUCGUCCAGGAACUGAACAAUUAAUGGUCAAUGUGGAUGUGUGUGCUGCCUGCUUUUAUCCAGCUUGUACUUUGUUGCAAUUUGUGUCAAUGAUUUUGAAGAAAAAUAUCGACAGUUUAAGGAGGGGAAUAACGGAUAAUGAGAAAAGGCAGUUGGAAUACAUUUUGAAAGAAGUUAAGAUACGUGUCAAUCAUCGUGGAGAACACCAGCCAAGAUUCAAGAUAGAACGACUAUCAUCGCAAGCAACUGAUUAUUUAAUGUUUCGUAAUGAAAAGGAAGGAAGAGAUGUAUCCGUUGUGCAUUACUUUGCUCAACAAUAUAAUCGUCAAUUAGAAUUUCGUUGCCUUCCUUGCGUAGUUGUAAAAAAAUCCAAUUUUAUUCCAAUCGAAUUGUGCGAAGUAUUGCCUGGGCAAAAAUUUGAAAAACCCAUUGAUGAUAAACUCAAGGCUGAUAUAAUUAAAUUCACGUGUAUUAAACCGCGAGAUAGAUUCAAAGUUAUCGAAAAAGGUAUUGAAACAUGCUUUAAAUAUAAAGAAGACGAAAAUUUGAACGAUUUUGCACGACUUCUAAAACCUCCUAUUGUCGCUUAUGACAAAAAAAGUCAAGAGCCCGAGUUUCAACCUAGAUUCGGAAGAUGGAACUUGAUGAAUAAAUCCUUCCCUAGUAUUCGACCCCUUGAAAACUGGAGUAUUCUUAUGUUGACAAGGGAUCCGGUACAAAUGGUAGAAAAUUUUGCGCGAGAAUUAUCGAAAACCUUAAAUGAGCGAGGAAUGCCCGUAAAUACUCUUCCAAAAAUAAUUCCUGAAAAUUUACAAGGAGAUAUAGAAAAGGGUUUGGUUAUUGCGAUCGACAAGGCCAAAGUUAAUAAGAACAUUCCAGUUCAGAUUAUUCUCGUAUUCAUUCCGAGAAAGGCAUCACAACCUUAUGGCAGAAUUAAGCAAUUAUCUGAUACUGUCCUUGGAAUUCCUACGCAGUGUAUUGUAUCAGAUAAACUAAGAAGAUCGGGAGACAAAGGUCUUCUAUCAAACCUCGCCUUAAAAAUCAAUGCUAAAUUGGGUGGUCGGAACUGUUCCCUCAGAGGCGAUCAAUUGGAUUCAGUAACCAAAGUGCCGACUAUGAUCAUGGGAGCCGAUAUUUCACAUCCUGCCGUUGGAGUUAAUCAACCAUCAAUUGCGGCAGUAUGCGGCUCUGUAGAAAAAACUGGAAUGGUUUAUAACGGUCGUUAUAGUAUAAAUAAAGAAAUUCGAAAUGAGACUAUAGAAAAUUUGGAAGAGAUGACGACGGAUUUGCUUAGACUUUUCCUCGAGAGAAAUAAACGUAAAGAUGGAAAAGGCGUGUUACCUCAAAGAAUAAUUUUUUAUCGCGAUGGUGUUAGUGAAGGACAAUUUCGAUCCGUUCUUAAUCGAGAAGUAAUAGCUCUAAAGAAAGCUUUUGAAAAAGUAUAUUCUGAUAAGAUGCCUACAUUGACUUUUGUGAUAGCCCAAAAAAGGCAUCACACAAGAUUCGUUCCUAUUGAUUCGAGGGCCAAUGGUGAUAGGAAUGGAAAUUGUCAACCCGGUACUUGCGUCGAUACUGAAAUUGUUCACAAAAAAGAAUUCGACUUUUAUUUACAAAGUCAUGCCGGAAUUCAAGGAACGGUUCGUUCGACUCAUUAUUAUGUUCUUUACGAUGAAAAUAAUUUCUCCGCAGACGAAUUUCAGAAUAUGACCUAUCGCCUUUGUUACCUUUAUGCAAGAUGUACCAUUGCAACUUCAAUAGUCCCAGCAAUUGCAUAUGCACAUCUUCUUGCUUCCCGGGUUCGACUAUAUCCAAUGAACCGUUCGGGUCGUGGGGAAAAUAAUUAUGAUGAUGAUAAAAAUAUGAGUGAAAAUAGUAUAUAUCCGGGUAGUAAUAAUAAUUUCGAUUACCCACAAAUUUCACAAAAAUUAGAAAAAUUAAUGUAUUUUGUAUAA